AUGGAUGCGCCUUUGAAGGAACUGACGAAGUUGGAGAAAUUGACUGCCGCGAACGCAAGGGGUCCGUCAAUCGGUCGAUCCCUAGAUUCCCUUCUCGAGUCCCUUCGCGAGGCGAGAUCUGCUUUUCUGGCUGGCAAUUGCAGUGAAGAACAUUUCAAACAACUCGCUCAAACUAUAGAAUCAAAGAAGAAGGAGGUCGACGAACGUCAGAAAGAAGUUUACAAUGUGCUAGCUCGUCUAGGGAAGGCAUUGGACAAGAAAUUUCCGACCCCCCCACCAUCCUAUCCAGACCUUUUUUCAUCGACGGCGUCUGUUACUGCUCUUGAAAGGACUAUAGCGCUGCAUCUACUCCGAACAGGACAAUUUGAAGUGGCAGAGACAUUCUUGCAGGAGUCUAAAAUUCAAAUUUCUGAAGAACUUCGAAACCAAUUUGUGGAUUUACACCAAAUACUCAAAGCCUUGCGAAGUCAAGAUAUCGCUCCGGCGCUCAAAUGGGCAAGAGGUCACCAAUCCUUCCUCAAAUCUCGCAACUCGCCUCUGGAGUUCUACCUUCACCGUUCGCAGUAUAUCAACUUGUUGCUCUCAUCACAUCCACCUGACCCCUUACUUGCCAUUGCCUACGCGAAGACAAAUCUCUCGCCCUUCUGUAGGGAACAUGAAGCCGAAUUCUGCAGGCUGUUGACAUGCAUCGCUUAUCUUCCUCUGGCGAAACUUCAGAGUUCGAGUUAUCGGGAUCUCGCGCAACCGACCUUGCAUUUUGAUUUAGAGCCCUUGUUCGCAAAGGAGUAUUGCGCCAGCCUCGGUAUGAGUCGACAAGUGCCUCUGAGGGUGGUCGGUGACAUUGGGGGUGGCGGUGCAUUAGCAAGGAUUGAGAAAGGCAGGAAAGUCCUGGGUGAUAGGAAGGGUGAAUGGACACAAAUGGAUGAACUGCCUAUCGAGAUACCUCUUCCCUCGGAGAACAGAUACCACUCGAUAUUUGCCUGUCUCGUAUCCAAAGAACAAUCCACGGAAUCGAAUCCACCAAUGAUGAUGUCAUGUGGACAUGUCAUUUCGAAAGACAGUCUCCAGAAACUCAAUAAAUCCAGCGGGAGGGCUAAGUGCCCAUAUUGCCCUGGCGAAACAAAUCUUGGGGCGGCUCUCAGGUUAUACCUCUAG